GUGAAGUGUGAAUUGCAGAGAUGGUUAAGUUAUAGAAGUAACCAAUAUUUCAGGAAGAAGGUAAAAAGUUUGAAGUCGGAAGGAAAAAAAGGAAAGAAGUGCCUUUGUUGAACUAGCAAAAGCCAAAGACACAAUUUCAUUACACUAUAAGCCAUGGCAGAUCCUAAAUAUGCUGAUCUUCCUGGCAUUGCAUAUGAUCAAGCAGACGUCUACGAAACUACAGAUCUUCCAGAGUCCGAACAAUUGCCUGUUUUUUCCAAGGAUGACAACGAUUCUGUUGAACUAUUAAACUACAAUGCUAGCGAGGAAUUCAAUAAGUUCAAAGGUAAACAUGUUGGAUGUACAGGAGUUGACUUUUCGGAUCGGAUAUCACACAAGUCAAGAACUGGCUAUAACGCUGGAUGUGGCGAAUGUGAAUUGCUUGGAGUAAGUGAAAAAGAAACUCCACUACAGAGAUUCGAACGCUUGAAUUUUGAAAUCAAAGAUCUAAUGAAGGAAUUAAGUCAACUUAAGGAGAAAGCUAAGAAUGAAGAAGAAUCCAAUUCUGCUGUAUGUAUAAUAUCUCAAGUGGAGCAUGCUGGAAAACAAUUAGAUGGUUUAAAACUAAAUGAACUCCUGGGGACCGAAUUAUUGGAGUCGCUUUCAGAUCCACAAGGAUCCCGUCUAAAGCAUUUGGUAUCGCAGAUAGAGUUAUUUAAACAAAUAAAAACGUGCAAGAACGAUGGUAAAAUCAUUGAAGUUUCACAUAAGGAAAAGGGAGUUUUGGAAUUUGGAGUUCUUAAGUAUCAGAUGAUGUAUCUCCCUGAGAAAGCUCGAUUGCAGGAAAUGGCACGUAUUGGACAACUCGAACAAAGACUUGGCCGUUUAGAACACAUCAUUGGAUCUGCUGACGAGAAGCUUACGACGUUCUCACAAUCUUUGAAAUGUCAAGGAGUACUGGAAGCUAUUCAACAGCUUGGGGCAAAAUCUUCCCUUUUGGAUAGCAGUCAACUAGACAUCGUGGAAAAUAGAUUAACUGCCAUACUUAAUAGAAUGGACAACAUGGCCCAAAAGAAAUUAGCUAUCUCUCAAGAUUCUGAGAAGGAGCAAAAGAUAUCAGAAAUGUACGAAAUAAUAAAGAAGAUAGAAGCUGUGUCGCACAUUUUUCCUCAGACAGUUAACCGAAUGUUAAUUUUGAACUCUAUUCAUCAGCAAGCAGCUGAUUUCAGUAAAUCAUUGGGGCAGCUUGAAGAAUUGCAGUGUCAGAUAUCUGCAGGACUCGAAAGCAACAUGUAUCUUCUAAAAGGAGUGCAAGAAAAUUUCACAUCCAAUUUGGAUAUUAUUAAGAAUAAUAUAGAAUCCUUAGAUCAGCGCAUAAAGAAUCUUAACAAAUCAUCAUAAUAUAUGCAUGUCAAAUAAUUACUUUUUAAAGUUUAAAUAAAAUAUCGAACUAUUCUUA